AUGUUGAUCUACCCUUUGUCUUUGCUUUGGGCUUUCGAUUCAGUUUUUCAUCUAUCUAUCUAUCUAUCUAUCUAUCUAUCUAUCUAUCUAUCUAUCUAUCUAUCUCAGUUUGUGCCUAUGUAUUUUCGGGUGUUAUCUAUCUAUCUAUCUAUCUAUCUAUCUAUCUAUCUAUCUAUCUGUUUGUCAGACUUCGAAGAACGCCACCUGGAAGAUCGCGAAGAACGCCAUCUAGCAGACUUCGAAGAACGCCACCUAGAAGAUCGCGAAGAACGCCAUGUAGCAGACUUCGAAGAACGCCACCUGGAAGAUCGCGAAGAACGCCAUCUAGCAGACUUCGAAGAACGCCACCUGGAAGAUCGCGAAGAACGCCAUCUAGCAGACUUCGAAGAACGCCACCUAGAAGAUCGCGAAGAACGCCAUGUAGCAGACUUCGAAGAACGCCACCUGGAAGAUAUCGAAGAACGCCAUCUGGAAGAUCUUGAAGAACGCCACCUAGCAGACUUUGAUGAACGGCACUUGGAAGACUUCGAUGAACGGCACUUGGAAGACCUCGAAGGACGUCACCUGGAAGAUGUCAAAGAACGCCACUUGCAAGAUCUCGAAGAACGCCAUCUAGAAGAUCUCGAAGAACGCCACCUGGAAGACCUCGAAGAACGUCACCUGGCAGACCUCGAAGUACGCAAUAUGGAAGACCUCGGAGCGAUUGAUGGAAAACUUUAG